AUGCCCAGGCCAGGAGAUGCUCCGACCCUGUCGAGGGAGGAGAAUAGGCGCAAGGCAAUGGCGGGCGUGCAAGCCAUCUUUGAUCGUUACCACCUCGUCCAGGCCAUAAAAGGUCCAGCCUUCGACAACGCAACCAUGCGAAACGCCACCAUCUUAGAUGCCUCCAUCGGCCCGCCGUACGACGUGCCACCACCUCCACUGCCGUCUCCCGGCGUGAGCGGCACAGACGGGGCGCUGCUCCCCCCGUUGCCGAACACGGGAAUCGUGUCCUCGUGCACGAGCAGGAUCUUCAUUGGGCCGGAAUUCAGCAACUACAACGGCGUCAUGCACGGCGGCGCGGCGGGCGUCAUCUUUGAUAUGCUGACGACCAUUGCGCUGGGGCCGGUGGCUAGGCCUGGCUUCUGGGCGUUUCUAGGAGGCGUCACGAGGACGCUGAAUCUGAGCUACCUAAAAGCCAUACCCAUAAAUACGUCGGUGGUAGUACACGCUUAUGCGUACCAGGUGGGCCGGCAGACGGCCUACAUCAAGGGUUGGAUGACCAGUGAGGACGGGAAGACGACAUAUGCCGUGUGCGACCACCACAAGAUCCACGUGCCGCCGAUCAAAGACCAUAUGAAGCUAAAGGUGCCGUGGGAUGAUCUGUGGGAUGAGGAUGGAAAGGAGAAGAAGACCCUCAAGGCAAAGAUAUAG